UAUCAGCGCACACUGUUUCCAAAGAGGCAACAGCAUAAGCAAAUUAAGGUGCUGAUUGUCCAGAUGGAUCUGUUCCCACACAAGACAGUAAGACACGGCACAUGGUAAAGUUUGGUUAAUUAUAGGCCCCCUUUGCUCUUACGAGUGCCUUCACGACAACAAAGAAAAACAGUAGGGAUAACCAUCAUAUUGUAUAUUCUUUUCCAAUUUUCUUUACUCCUUUGUUUUCUUUCCAAUUCUCUGCUUUCUACUCUUGAUUUAUCUCCAGCUUUCUGCUCCUCCGUGUGACCAAUCCAUGCAUUAUCUAGUUCCUGAUCUGUCUCCGUUAAUUGCUCUGCCGAGCCUUCUCUCGCCGGUAGCCGCGCAUAUCCAGCCGGAGCUCACGGGCCUGGCCGAGGUCCCCGAGACACACGCGUGGCCCACCCUCCACGACCGGCCUUACGGCGUCGACGACCGCGUUCCCGUGGUCGAUCUCGCGCUCCCCGACGCCGUCCGCCUCGUCGGCCGUGCCUGCGAGGAGUGGGGCGCUUUCCUGCUGACGGGCCACGGCGUCCCAGUCGAGCUUCUCCGCCGCAUCGAGGAGCAAGGCCGGCGCCUCUUCUCGCUCUCCGCCGCCCACAAGCUGAGGGCCGCUCGCUGCGACGGGACCUCCACCGGCUACGGCUCCGCCUUCAUCUCCAAGUUCUUCUCGAAGCAGUUCUGGUCGGAAGGGUUCACCGUCGUCGGCUCCCCUCGCGAGGACGCCCGCAAGAUCUGGCCCGACGGCCAUCAAGACUUUUGUGGCGCGAUCGAGGAAUACAGCAGGCUGAUGGACGAUCUUGCGCGGAGAUUGAUGCACUUGAUGCUGCUUUUUUUGGGCCUCAGCGAUGAGGAAAUUAGCUGGGUUGGUCCGCUAAAAGCCCAGCAUGAGGCUGUUCCAGCGCUACAGCUCAACUACUACCCGCGCUGCCCGGAGCCCGACCGAGCCAUGGGGCUCGCGGAGCACACGGACUCCAGCCUCGUCACCAUCAUCCACCAGAGCAGCGGCGUGGCCGGGCUGCAGCUCCUGCGGGAUGGCGACGGUGGCGGCGCAGCCCGGUGGGUGGCGGUGGCGCCAAUUACGGGGGCAUUGGUCGUCAUCGUUGGCGAUCUCUUUCAGGUGAUGUCCAACGGUCGGUUCCGAAGCGUGGUGCACCGGGCGGUCGUUGACAGGACGCGGGCUCGCAUCUCGGUGGCGUACUUCUGUGGCCCUCCGGCGGAGUUGAAGAUCUCUCCUAUUGGGAAGCUGAUGGGAUCCGGCCGGGGUCCAGCGUACCGAGGCGUUACUUGGCCUGAGUACUUGCGCCUGAAGAAGAAACUUUACAACGAGGCCCUCGCAUCACUCAGAUUGUCGGCAGGGAAAGGAGGAGAAAAAGAAAAACUGGAAGUAUAUAUAUCAUCAUGAUUGAAAUUUCAACUCGAGGUUAAUUGUACAAUAUAUAUGUUUUCUGUUAAGAGAGGCAAAUCGAACAGUCAAUUAAU